UCCCAAAUCUCCGAAACAAUUGGCCGAGUACUUCGAUAGCAGGAAAAAGACUGCGUGGGAGAAGGAGAUGACACUCCAAAAGGAGGAAGAGCGAGAGGAGGAGGAGAAGGCGGAGCGAAGGAAGAAGGACGACCAUUCUGCGGAUCGCCUUUUGGGCACAGACAAGAGAGCCAUCGAAGAAGCCUUUAUUGAAGACUGCGAAAACUUUCCAGAAGCCCUAAUCGAGCUCUACAAGAGCGCCGAUCUGCCCGAGGCCGACCUCAAGGCUUGCUAUAACAUUGUGUACGAGACUUCCUACAGGGACUACGCCAGAACUAGUGAAGGUUGGCGCAAGAACGUCAAGUUGGACGAGCUUCAAGAUCCCAAUAUGGUAUUCGCCAUCCUCCGCGCCGUCGACCCCGAAGAACAUUUUUCACCAACCGUCAACACCGACAUCCUCGCCUUCGUCUCGUUCAAACUGGAUUACGACGACCCCCCAAAUGACGAGAGGACUGUUGUCUACGUAUUCGAGCUGCAUGUCGGGAAGGCAUACCGUGGCAAGGGCAUCGGCAGGUUCUUACUUUGGAUCGCCGAGAACAUGGCACGCGAAGUUGGGGUCUACAAAACCAUGUUGACGGUAUUCAGGAGCAACGCGUCGGCCAUCAGGUUGUACCGAAAGUUGUUUUAUGUCGUCGACGGAUCUUCCCCCGCCGAGGGACUGAAACUGCGAAACCGUGUCGCGAGGAGGUACAAAUACAUGAUCAUGAGCAAGAACUUGCGCAAGGAUCAUUGA